UGAUAUUUCUCCCUUUAACGCCUGCAAAUCUCUCUCUCUCUCUCUCUCUCUCUCUCUCUGCCUCCCAUUUCAUCAAACACCUUGGGAAUUAUUCCUCAUCCCCUCGUCUCAAUGGGCUACCUUUCCUGCCGUGCCGAAUCCUCCGUCAUGACCUGCCGCUCCGUCGCCGCCCUUGCACCCAACCAGCUCCAGAAGCCCAAUUCCUCCAUCGACCUUGAUCAUCCCGAUGCCGCUCCUCCAAUUCGAGUCUUCAGCUACCGCGAGCUUGAGACGGCGACGUCCAGCUUCUCCGACAAGUCCUUGCUUGGCCGUGGUAGCCAUGGCACAGUCUACAAAGCCGUGCUCGGCGAUGGCCGUCCUGUGGCCGUAAAGCGCCCUUCCCGCCGGCCUGCUCACGCGCAGGCCCGCCGUAACGACGAGGUGGAGAACGAGAUCCGGAUCCUCUCUCGUCUUCGAAGCCCUCGUCUUGUCAAUCUCAUCGGCUUCACCGAUCCUGAACCCUCGCGGCUCCUGGUUGUGGAGUUCAUGCCAAAUGGAACCCUGUAUGAUUUCCUUCACUCUAACCGUCGGCCGCCUGGGUGGGCGCGGCGGUUGAGGCUUGUCCUGCAGACGGCGAAGGCCUUGCUUACGCUCCACAGCGCGCGGCCGCCGGUUAUCCACCGCGAUGUGAAGGCCGCCAAUGUUCUUAUUGAUCAUAGGUUCAACGCUCGGCUUGGGGAUUUUGGUCUUGCUCUCCGUGAUGACUCCACUGGGCUUUCGUCUUCCUCUGUUCGCUCCACUCCUCCGGCCGGAACGCUUGGGUAUCUUGAUCCUUGCUACGUUACUCCUGAGAAUUUGAGCACGAAAACUGAUGUUUUUAGCUUUGGCAUUCUUCUUCUAGAGAUCAUGAGCGGGCGCAAGGCCAUAGACGUCGCCUAUUCCCCACCAUCAGUGGUGGAGUGGGCUGUGCCUUUGUUGAAGAAAGGGAAGGUCUUGGCACUCUAUGAUCCAAGGAUUGAGCCACCGAGGGACACCACUGCAAGGAGGCAGCUUGCAUCCCUUGCUGCUAGUUGUGUGAGGUCAUCGAAAGAGAGGCGACCAUCGAUGGAGGAGGUUGUGGAGCGGCUCAAGGUGCUCUGCAAGGCAUUGUCUUCAAAAUCUUGGAAUGGUUUAUCUGUUGUUAAUCCUUGUUUGAUGGUGGAAACUGAGCAGACUGUUUUGAAGUUGAAUGUGAAGAACCUUGAUUCAAAUCUAAAUUCUAGUCCAAUCUCUAGGUGUGCGAGCCUGGAUGAAGACAGUGUGAGGGAUGAAGAGGCAGCUAUGGAAGGAAAGAAGCUGCAUUCUUUGGUGAGGCCAGUUCGUCCUGUGAGAAACGCAAGAAAGGUGUUCUCUGAUGGUGGUGCAAAGUCCAGUGUAAACCUUAUGGAUCUCAUGGGUGGCUCUGAUGGAGAGGCAAUCAAUGGUGGGGUGAGAAUUGGUGGAAAAGUCAACCAUGGAUCUAUGGUCCGGAGAGCUAGGAUUGUUCAGGUUGCUCGUGCUUGAGUUGGUUGGGAGGGAAUUGCUUAUCACUCAAAAUGAAUGGAAUUGUGAGGGUGGUAUCCUUUGUGACGUUUGAGGAAUUGAAUGAGCUCAGUAAUUCACAUGCUAAUGCUGGUGGUUGGGCAUGGAGGCCAUUCAAAUUUUGCCCAACUGGUCAAAAACCAUUCGGUUUGUUAUUGUUUGAUUAUGGUCAUUUAUUAGAUUGACUUCUUUCAAGAGGAAAGAGGCCACUUGAGAGGUUUCUGGUGAUGCCUCUUGUUGAUGUAGACAUCAGAAUGACUUCAUCUCUAUGUGCAUGUAAGCAGAGGGCUCUCUCAUCCCACGCGGCUGCUAUUGUUUUCAGUCAGCAUCAUAUUAAGUCAUCAGAAAUUAUUGUUGUCUUAAAUCUAUACAUAUUGAUUCUGGCGUUGACUGCUAUUAACUAUAAAUAUAUUAGUUUAAAUUCUAUUCA